GCGGGGCAGCGCGCCUGCGCACGCGCGUCGGGACACAUAAGCGGAAGUGGCGCGCGGUCCCCGGCAAUGCGAGCACCUUCCGGUGCAGCGACUGCAGCUGUGGAAAGUGCAGGAGUAAGAGAAGAGGAAGAGGCAGAGGAAGAGGAGAACUUGGCUCAGCUAGCAAAAGAAAGACUGAACAAAAAAGAAGAAACCAACAAAGAUAACUUUGGAAGCCCUGAAUGCAGCAAAAUAAGAGCAAUGGAUCUCAAGUUCAACAACUCCAGGAAAUAUAUCUCUAUCAGUGUGCCAUCCAAAACCCAAACAAUGUCACCACACAUCAAGUCAAUUGAUGACAUUGUAGUACUUGGCGUAAAUCUCAGCAAAUUUAACAAACUUACUCAAUUUUUCAUAUGUGUUGCUGGAGUUUUUGUAUUUUACCUAAUUUAUGGAUAUUUACAGGAAUUAAUAUUUUCAAUGGAAGGUUUUAAGCCCUAUGGCUGGUACCUUACUUUAGUGCAGUUUGCAUUUUACUCCAUAUUUGGCCUAAUAGAACUUCAACUUAUUCAGGACAAAAGGAGAAGAAUACCAGGAAAAACCUACAUGACAAUAGCUUUUCUAACUGUGGGUACUAUGGGGCUAUCAAACACUUCCUUGGGCUACCUGAAUUACCCUACCCAAGUCAUCUUCAAGUGCUGCAAACUGAUUCCUGUUAUGGUAGGAGGAGUUUUUAUCCAAGGAAAGCGGUAUAAUAUUGUAGACGUGACUGCUGCGGUUUGUAUGAGUCUUGGCCUGAUCUGGUUCACUCUUGCUGACAGCACAGUUGCACCAAACUUCGACCUGACAGGUGUGAUGCUUAUUUCCCUGGCACUGUGUGCAGAUGCUGUCAUUGGAAAUGUACAAGAGAAAGCUAUGAAACUGCAUAACGCUUCUAAUUCCGAAAUGGUUUUGUACUCAUAUUCAAUCGGUUUCGUGUACAUUUUAUUGGGAUUGACAUGCACUAGUGGAUUAGGCCCUGCAGUGACAUUUUGUUCAAAGAAUCCAAUUCGGACCUACGGUUACGCAUUCCUUUUUUCCCUCACUGGGUACUUUGGAAUCUCUUUUGUCCUGGCAUUGAUAAAAAUUUUUGGUGCACUUCUUGCUGUAACAGUGACAACAGGAAGAAAAGCAAUGACCAUUGUUCUUUCAUUUAUAUUCUUUGCUAAACCUUUCACAUUUCAGUCUUCUGUCUGGGAAAUGUUUAUAAUUUGCCAUCUUGAGCUUACUGUUUUCGAUAUUUAAAGUGCGUAACCAGAAUGAUGUUUCCAAUAGGAAUAAAUGUAUGUGUGGGCUGGCUUGUUAGUUGUCCUUGGCAUAUUUCUCAAUGUGUAUAGCAAGAAUAUGGAUAAAAUAAGACUGCCGUCACCGUUUGAUCUGAUAAACAAGGCAGCAGAAUCGAGAAAGGCAAGGACGUUGGCACAAACGGUGUAAGCACUGAUUUGUCCUCUUUAAAAAAUAAUAAAUUUUAAGGGAAAAAUCUUUCAUUGAUUAACUUUUCAAAAGAGUGUGAUCCAAACCAAGGGACCUGAAGGCGUGCUGUCCAUUUGUGGCUGGAUUACAUGUGAAGUGGUUUUGUGCCAUCAGCCUUUCUUCAGAGCACUUGUUUUACUCUUUGGCUUUGAAAGCACUCGAGAGCUGCAUCUAGCAUAGCUGCUAGUAAACGUCAACGUGAAAGGUCCUAGCAGCUUCCUGAGAAUUUCACUAACAGUGGACCAUGUUACAAGACCAGUUGGAUGUCAGUAUGACAUAUCAAAGAUGCUGAUAUGCAACAACACAUUGUUUUAUCUUCAUUCCAUUUUGGUGGUGUUAUUUACAUUGAUUCUCUGUUAUAAGAGCAAGUUGAUGAUUGAAGUCUGGAGAGAAGAAUAUUCAUUAUAAAUAAAAUUAUCCUGUGAUAUUUUUAAAGAAUGUGUUAAUAGAAUUGUAUUAUAGAGGGAGGUGGACAUUGGAGUAAGCUUAAUAUGUGCUUUAAAACUUAAGUUUUGUUCUCAUAAUAGGAAAAUAUUCUGGGAAAAAUACAGCUUAAGUUUUAUGUAGAGUGUACGCACGACAGUAAAAGCCAUUACUGUCUUGCACCAAGUAAGUGGACAUCACAAGAAUAAUUUGCUACUGAUUACAGAAGAAGUACUGAAAGGGUAAUGAUUUGGAUUUUUCUAAUUGAAGAGAAAGUAAUUGAUGCCUUAAAUUAUUAUCAAAUAAUACCCUAGUUUUUCUUACAAAAGUGAAAUUCAGUUUGGAAGUUUGAAGAUGAAGUAGGAUAAACUUAACAAGAGAUUUAUUUAGACAAUAUUUUCUCUCGAUCCAUUCAGGCUGUUACAGUAAAAUACCAUAAACUGGAUACUUUACAACCAUUUUUUUCUCAUGGUUCUGGAUGCUAGGAAGUCUAAGAUGAGGGUGCUGGCCAGGGUGGGAACUGACGAGCAUUGCUUGCUGUGUCCUCAUGUGCUGGGUCCUAACCCCAUUCAGGAGAGUUUUACCUCAUCAUCUCGCAGAGGCCACCCGCUAAUACUGUCACCCACAGAUGAAUGGCGAGGGAGGAUACACAUUCAGACCAUAGCAAAACUGCUUAUGUAGUUUUCAGUCUAAACUGGUAAAGAUUUAAAACCUC